AUGGGAGCAGCUGGACCUAAACUAUCUAAAUCUGAGGUAUAGCUCGUAGAUCAAAAACGAUAUUAAAGAGAGCCUAGUAUUCCAUUCGAUAUUCGCUAUGGAGACUAAGUCAAAAUAUACAAGUAGUUAGACUCUGCUUAAAGAGUAGCCAUAAUUUAAAAGGUUUUUGAUACAUAAAUGCAGUAUUAAGUGACAGUAGAUAUAUAAAAAUCAUUAUCCAAAUUGAAACAUCCAGGAUUAAUUUAAUUGCUUAAUAUUGUGACCAAGAAGAAAGAGUAGCUUUGUAGCUAAUUCUUCAAAGUAAAAUUUCUCUAUGAAUAUGUUGAUAAUGAUUUAUAAAAAGAUCUCGAAUAGCGCCGUUAGCUCGAAAAAGAUCUAAAAAGUAUUCCUUAAAAUUUUUUAACUUCUAUUGAAGACUUGAAAGUUAGUAACAGCACAUAUAAAAUUUUUUAUGAAGAAAGUGAACUGUGGUAUAUAAUGGCUACUGUAAUAGCAGUACUUUCAUAUUUAAAAGAAAGAAAUCUUAUUCAUGGUGAUAUACGCCCAUUUAAUUUAUGCUUAACAAAAGAUAAUGCAUUGAAAGUGAUGACUAUAAAUUCAUUCAUUCAAACAAAUUGGUCUUCCUAUAUGGAAAAGCUUGAAAAAUUAGAUACACAAUCUACAUAUAUUUCUCCUAUUUAGCUAGGAGCACUUCAACAUAAUAUAUAACGUCCAGUACACAACAUUCCAAAGUCUGACUUAUUCUGCUUAGGAGUUAUAAUUCUAGAAUUGUGCCUCCUCGAGAGUGCAUAGGACAUAUAUGAUUUUACCACUUUCAGCAUUGAUCUUUCUGCUCGAGUUAAAAAACUUAGAGAUCUUAAAAAAUAUUCUGAAGCUUUUAUAGAUUUCCUAUUACAGUUACUAGUUUUAAAUGAAGAGAAGAGAAAAAAUCCAGAAGAUUUGUAUUAAAUUUUAGCUGAACUUGCAAAAUCUUAGUAAAUCUCAGUUUCGAAUAGAAUUUUUUCUCAUGAAAGAGUAGCUUUACUUGUCAAUAAAUGGAAAUAAAAGAAUUAGCUGAAUGUAAAUUUUGAUGCAGUACUAACUUAGCAAAAUGCUGCAAAUAACCCAGCUCAAUAAUAAUAGUAAUAAAAGGCCUUAGAUUUAAUUUUAACUCAAUAAUAAGGAUUCGUGCUCCCAGAGAAAAUUUUUGAAAACGAAGGUGGACAAGAAAAUAAAAAUAAUGAAACGAUUGAUGAAAUGCCAAAUUAAGAGGAAGGAGAAAUAAUUUAAGAGUUGGGUUUAUUGUCUAAGAAUGAAAAUAGGGAUAACAACAGCAAUUCAUUUUCAAUCUAAAAAAGUGCAAAUAAUAUCUCUCCAAACCAAAGAUAAUCGGAAGAAAAUAAGAAUAAUUUAUCAAAUUAAAGCAUUCAUCAUCACAACAACAACAAUGAAAGUUUGAAUAGAAUUAAAAAGGAUCUAAGUGGAGAAUUUAGGAAUGUUGAAAACAAAGAAAAUAUAUUUUAAGGAAAAGGUAAUUAAAAUCACUUAUCUAACAAUAUUUCAGCCACAAAUUUAUUUGAUUAAAACAAUCUUAAUAAUAACUUGUAGCAGCAAUAAGGUGGAUUAUUUUCAAGAAGCUAAAGCUAGCAUUUUCCUAAUUAGCAGAAUUAAAAUAAUAAAUUAAAUUUUGGUAGCAAUAAUGUAUUGUAAAAUACUAGUAACUUAUUAUAGAAUAGUAAUAAUAAUAAUAAUAAUAAUAAUUUACUUUAAAAUAAUAAUAAUUUACUUGGUUAAUUUAAUAACAAUAACAACAACAUGUUUUUUGGAUAAAUUUAAUAAAACUAAUUUGGAUAGUCACAAUUCUCAAACAAUCUUAACAUGAACCAAGGAGGUAAUAUAAGUCAUUUUGGAGCUAAUUUGAACAAUUAAAAUUAAUUUGGAAGUAAUAAUAAUGGAGUCUUUGGCCUACAAAACUUUAAUAGCAAUCAAAAUAAUUAAUUUUAGCAGUUUUCAAAUUAAAAUAUUAGCAAAAACAGCUUUGAAUAAAAUGUAUAAUUAUUAAAUUAGUUACUAUAAUAUAGAAAUAUUAAUAAUCCAAAUAUGAUGCAAGGUUAGAUUAGUGAUUAGUAAAUCAAUUAGUUGGUAUUUUAAUUGUAACAAAUGGCCUCUCUUUAAUAACAAUAAAAUAUACCAAAUAAUUAAAUGCAGCAUAUUCCUUAACUAGAUUUUAAUUAGUUAAAUAAAAAUAAUAGUUUGUUUGGAAAUUUUGGUAAUAGCAAUUCUUAGCAAUUAAACAUGAGUCCAACUUUCAAUGGCUAGCAAAACAUUAACUUUUAAAUGAAUAGAGCUGGAGGUUACAGCAAUAACAACUAAAGCAAUUUAUUAGCUUAAAAUACUUCUUUCUAUUCAAAUAACAACUUUGGUGGAAAUAACAAUAUCAGUAACUUUAACAGUAAUAACAAUAAUCAAUUUUCUAGCUUGAAUUAGAACACAGUAUAAUAAAAUUAAAUAUAAGGAUAACUAAAUAUAUUGAAUACUCAGUAAUCAUUCAAUCCAUAGAAUAAUAAUAACAAUAUCCUAAUGUAAAACAACAAUAAUAAUACAAGUUAAAAUAACAACAAUACCAGUUAAAAUUAAAAUGCUAAUAUAUUUAAUGUGUUAAACAAUUAGCCAGCCACAUUUUCUAACACUAACAUUGGAAACAAUAAUUAAAAUUAAAAUCCAACACUAACCAAUAUAGCAGGUGGAGGUGGUCAAUCAUCCUAAACAAAUAUCUUCAGUAGGAAUAAUAGAAGCAUUUUUUGA